AUGGCCCCUGCAAAACACUCUGUUUUCCUCUGUUUUCCCAUCCUCUGCAUUGUCCUUCUCAAUUCCAGGUCCGUGUCCGCUCAGGCCCGGCCCGUAUUCGCCUGCGACUUUUCGAGCAAUCCCGGGCUCAAGAACUUGAGCUUCUGUGACCCGUCGCUCGACGUGAAAACCAGAGUCGGUGAUCUGGUGGGCCGGCUGACAUUGCAGGAGAAAAUCGGGUGGCUCGUGAAUGGCGCCAGUGGGGUGAGCCGGCUCGGGAUACCCAACUACCAGUGGUGGUCCGAGGCUCUUCACGGAGUCUCUUACACCGGGCCGGGGACCAAGUUUUCGAGCCUCGUCCCCGGGGCCACCAGCUUCCCUCAGGUCAUUCUCACCGGAGCAACUUUUAACGAGUCCCUGUUCGAAGCCAUUGGGAAGGUGGUCUCGACCGAGGCAAGAGCAAUGUACAAUGUGGGGCUAGCAGGAUUGACAUUUUGGUCACCGAACGUGAACAUAUUCCGAGACCCCAGGUGGGGCCGGGGCCAGGAGACACCCGGCGAGGAUCCUCUGCUCAGCAGCAAAUACGGGGCCGCAUACGUAAGGGGCCUACAGCAAACGGACGACCGCGACAAAGACCGCCUCAAAGUUGCUGCCUGUUGUAAGCACUACACUGCCUAUGAUGUGGACAACUGGAAAGGCAUACAGAGAUACAGUUUCAACGCUCGGGUGACACAGCAAGAUUUGGACGAUACGUUCCAACCACCAUUCAAGAGCUGUGUUCUUGAUGGAAAUGUCGCGAGUGUGAUGUGUUCUUAUAAUCAAGUUAACGGCAAGCCGACUUGUGGUGAUAUCGAUUUGCUUUCUGGCGUGAUUCGCGGCCAAUGGAAGUUGAAUGGGUACAUUGUUACCGAUUGCGAUUCAUUGAACGAGAUGUUCAACAGCCAGCACUACACGAAAACACCUGAGGAAACGGCUGCCUUGGCUUUGAACUCAGGUGUGGAUCUUAAUUGUGGGGACUUCCUGAGCAAGCAUGCACAGGCUGCAGUGGACCGCGGCCUCGUGAAUGAGACGGUGAUCAAUGGGGCUGUGUGGAACAAUUUUGCAACCAUGAUGAGAUUGGGCUUCUUUGAUGGUGACCCAGCCAAGCAGGCCUACGGGCAGCUAGGCCCAAAAGACGUGUGCACUGCUGCCAACCAAGAGCUGGCCCGCGAGGUCGCCCGCCAAGGGAUCGUCUUGCUCAAGAACAGCAAGGGCUCGUUGCCCCUGUCUGCAGCUAGCAUCAAGUCCUUGGCCGUGAUCGGACCAAAUGCCAAUGUGACCCACACAAUGCUCGGUAACUAUGAAGGCAGUCCAUGCAAAUAUACGACCCCGUUGCAGGGCUUGACGGCCUCUGUCCACACAGUGUACCAUCCGGGCUGUGCUGAUGUGUCGUGCGGGUCAGCACAGGUGGAUGCGGCCAAGAAUAUAGCAGCGGCGGCUGAUGCAGUGGUCCUCGUCAUGGGCUCAGACCAAUCUAUAGAGAGAGAGAGCCUGGACAGGGUGAGUAUCACUCUCCCAGGGCAACAACAGCUUUUGAUCUCCCAAGUUGCGAAUGUAUCCAAAGGGCCCGUGAUUCUUGUUAUAAUGUCCGGUGGGGGCAUGGAUAUCCAGUUCGCCAAAGAUAAUCCUAAGAUUAGUAGCAUAAUGUGGGUUGGUUUUCCUGGCGAAGCUGGUGGGGCUGCCAUUGCUGAUGUCAUUUUUGGGUAUUACAAUCCAAGUGGACGGCUGCCGAUGACUUGGUACCCACAAUCAUACGCGGAGAAAGUGAACAUGACGGACAUGGGAAUGAGGCCGAACCCGGCCACAGGCAACCCAGGGCGAACGUAUCGUUUCUACAAAGGACCCACGAUUUUCUCGUUUGGGGAUGGACUUAGCUACACCCAGUUCAACCAUCACCUAGCUAAGGCACCGAAAACGGUGAAUGUCCCCUUGGAAGAAGGGCACGAAUGCCGUUUGUCGGCGUGUAAAUCCAUUGACGCCGUCGAGCGAAGCUGCAACAAUUUGGCAAUAGACAUUCAUUUGAGGGUGAAGAAUGUGGGGGGAAUGGGUGGGAGCCAUACAGUGCUGUUGUUCUUUAGUCCACCACAAGUGCACAAUGCACCUCAAAAGCAUUUGUUGGGGUUUCAAAAGGUGAAUUUGGCACCAAGAGGAGAAGGGCUUGUGAGGUUUAGUUUGGAUGUUUGUAAGGAUUUGAGUGUGGUGGAUGAGAUGGGAAUCAAGAAAGUUGCAUUGGGGGAGCAUAUCAUUCAUGUGGGGGAUUUGAAACAUUCUUUAAACUUGAGGGUUUGA